GAGACAGCUACCCUUUGGACUGGCAGCUUUGCUGUUUCUGGCUUCAAAGUGCUCAUGUUGUUUUCACGGAAAUAGAGUUUUGUCUAAAGUAAAGACUCGAUCAAUCAGGGAGAAACAAUGAAUGACCGCGAACUGGACCUCACCGAAGAGCAAAAAGCUGUAAAAGCAAAAUAUCCUCCCAUCACAAAGAAAUACGAGUAUCUUGACCACACGGCAGAUGUUCAGAUUCAUUCAUGGGGUGAUUCUCUGGAAGAAGUUUUCGAGCAGUGCGCUAUGGCAAUGUUUGGAUACAUGACUGAUACAGAAACUGUGGAACCCAUUGACACUGUAGAAGUUGAAUCAAAAGGAGAGGAUCUGGAAUCGCUUCUUUUUCAUUUUUUGGAUGACUGGCUCUUCAAGUUCAGCGCAGAUAUCUUCUUUGUCCCGAGGGAAGUGAAGGUCGUGCAUAUAGACAGAAUGCAGUUCACAAUUCGAUCCAUAGGGUGGGGAGAGGAAUUCAGUAUAAAUAAACAUCCUCAGGGUACAGAAGUGAAAGCAAUCACAUACUCGGCCAUGCAGGUGCAUGACACAGAGAAACCCGAGAUCUUCGUCAUUAUUGAUAUUUAAAGUCUUUCAGUUAUUUUUUUAACAUUCUUCUUUCCAAAAGGAUUUGUCUUUGACAUCAGAGAUAUACAGUAAUAACUAAAAUACUGUAUGUUGAGAUUGACUUCAUUAUUAUUAAUAAAGCUUUUUAUUUUCAUUUGGAUG